AUGUUUUCUAGUUCUUGGUAUCUUGCCAUAGCACUUGGAUUGGUCUUGUUGGUCAAUCCGGCUGUUGGUAGAUUCCAUGGUGAUCUAAAACGGCCAUCACCAAAACAGCAACAUGACAGCAGACGCGAUCUCUCCAACGGGCUGGCUAGGACUCUGAAUAAUCGCGAUCUAAAUCAUAGACGCAGCGCUGCUGGGGCUACAUCUUGCAUUGAAUCAAACUACACCAAAAUUCAUGCACCACGAGAGAACAUCUGGGCCGGCCUCACGGAUACCGAAGCUGCAAGUCUUCUGAUAUGGUUGUUUGAUCAAUCGGAUCUGAAUUUGACCGUCACUUCGUUAGCAGGCGACUGGGACAAUUCAAUUGAACUUGUUGAGCUCAUGCAGCCGAACAAAACGAACUCGCUCGACUUUAUCGAUCAUGGUGCCAAAGCACCUCCCCGAUAUGCCCACGUGGUAAUUGAUCAUCGAUCCACCGUUGAUCCGUACUUUGCCGAUAUCUUGGUUGGCCCAUUCCCCAUUGUGAAUGGAACCACCAAGUGGGAGCCUCUCGAGUAUCCAUACACUCGCAAAACUAAAGGAAGAGUCCGGAAUAUUGAUGCAGAUUCGAGCUUAAUUUACUAUGAUUGGCUGGUAGAGAUCUCUACUUCGGUAUCUGAUAUUACUCUUAGCCUUUGGAAUGCAACAUCCAUGGGGCUUGAUAAUGACACCAUCAAUGUAUGGGGAAUAGACCCCCUGGACCAGUCAGACGGUCGGAUUAGACGAUGGGAUCAGUUCUGGAAUGACCCAACCAGCGCCUUUGAUGACUCAACCUUGCUUCCCUUGGGCCUAUACGUGCACUCAGAUGUGACUGGCCGAGACCCCUCGAAAUGGAAAGUUUUAGGUUGGCUAUACAACAAUAUAUUCUACGCAACAACUGAUGAGUUCCGGAAGGCUUUCUAUAGCCCGGGUUUUGAAAGACUCGGGCAGAAUAAAGAUGGCAAGUGGGCACAGACUGACCAGCAGGGGAAGGUAUUGCCCCAUGAUCAAUCUUAUCCUCCAGUUUCGGUUGCACCCUCGGGGUCACGGUUUGGAGUAGAUGUGGAACAAAAGUAUGUCAAAUGGAUGGACUUUUCGUUUUACAUCAGCUUUUCCCAUGAUACUGGAAUGGCCCUUCAUGAUAUACGUUACAAGGGUCAACGAGUUUUGUAUGAAAUGGGUUUGCAAGAGGCCAUGGCCCACUAUGCGGGUAAUGAUCCUGUUCAAUCUAUGACUACGUAUCUCGAUACAUACUACGGGUUUGGGCCAUAUGCGUUUGAAUUGGCACGGGGUUAUGACUGCCCAGCAUAUGCGACCUAUCUCAACAGCUCGUUUUAUGACGAUGAAACCACACACACGCAUAUCAGCAGCAUUUGUCUUUUUGAAUAUGACGCAGAUUAUCCCAUGCAGCGGCAUAGCAGCUCCAAUUAUGUUGCUGUCACCAAGAACAUCUACUUCACCGUCCGCUCAGUGUCCACUGUCGGCAACUACGACUAUAUGUUCAGUUACUCCUUCUAUAUGGAUGGAUCCAUCGGUGUUGAAGUAAGAGCCUCUGGAUACAUUCAGUCGGCCUAUUACGCCCAUAAUGAAGAUUUCGGUUACCAAGUGCACGAGGCUCUCUCUGGGUCUAUGCAUGACCAUGUUUUGAAUUUCAAAGCCGAUUUUGACAUUUUGGGAGUGAACAAUACCAUGGAACUGGUUCAUCAAGUACCCACAACUCAAACGUUUCCGUGGUCCGAUACUCCUCGCAAUACCAUGAAACUCACACGUUCCCAUGUCAAGAGCGAAGAUGAAAGCCGAUUCAACUGGGCUGCCAACUCUGCCACGCAAGUCAAGGUGAUCAACAUGGAUGAGACUAACCCUUAUGGCGAGUACCGGGGAUAUCGUAUCUUGCCUUCGACAGGAACCAUCCACCUGACGGUUGAGAAUUCGACCAAUCUCCGCAAUGCCGGGCAGUGGGCUGGCCAUGAUAUCCAAGUUACACAGCAUCACGACACAGAACCGCGAUCCGCUCACCCCAAGAACAGUCAAGAUGUGGAGAACCCACCAAUCAAUUUCAACGAAUUCUUCAACGGCGAGGAUCUUGUGCAGAAGGAUCUGGUUGUCUGGCUGAAUCUCGGCAUGCACCAUGUUCCGCACACAGGUGACUUGCCAAAUACCGUAUUCACUACCGCUCACUCGGGUGUGCAGUUCAUGCCGCUGAACUAUAUGCUGGGCGAUCCAAGUCGGGAAACGGUGAAUAUGGUCAGGAUUGAUUAUGACGAUGGCAACGUUUCAGCUGUUCACACUUUUGGACAACACGAUGACAAAUGUGAGUUGGACUUUACGCCAGCUGAGUUUAGCUUGUGGGAUUAUGUUGGAGAUGUCGUUGUGAGAAAGUUCCCUUAUGAUCCAAAUGAUCCCUAUGAUGAGACAGAUAGCAUUUCAUAA